AUGUCUGCAGUUUUACUCCGCUCCUGCACCGACAACAUCUUCGAUCCUGCUCAAUCUCCCGCUCUCAUUAUCAACCCCACUCGCAUUCCGUACAUUCCUCCCGAAAUCAUCCGGGUCGUUCUCUCCUUCCUCAAAGACGACAGGCAAGCACUUGCUGCCUGUGCCCGAGUAAACAGCACCUUUAAUCUCCAUGUUACUCCAAUACUUUAUUCGACCGUUUCUUUUACAUUCCCGUACAACUUUUCGCUCUUUGCGGAUACCAUCAAUUAUCCAACUUAUCGCACUCAAUGGAUCAAACACCUUGACCUGUCUGCAUUCUCAACCAUAGGAUUACAAAAGAGUUACGCAGCAUUGCAGAACAUAGUCGAUCCAGCCACAUUGAUCAAAAUAUUCCGCGCAUGCUCCUUUUUGGAAUCCUUGUCUGUUUCCGAGUCUCUGGAGGAAGCUCUCACUUUCGAUGUGUUGAAAACGCUAUUCUUUGAAUGCACAAACAUCAAGACAAUCGAUUUUUGCGGAUGUUCGAGGAAAACCUUCACUGACGCAAUGAAUAGGCUGACCGCACAAAUGGGCAGAACUCAAAUAACCUACGACGAAUUCGGCUACAAGUUUGUCGCUCCCGCUUCUCUCUUUCCACACAUUAAACGGCUAUCUCUACACGAAUGCACAACCCUGGGCGAGUACAACGUCAUUAUUCCACUUCUCUCUCACUCACCCAAUCUUACCCACUUGGACGUGGGUGGAUGUUCGAUUACAGACGUUACAUUGCGAUUCAUGAUGGACCAUACCAAUAUUCCAAACAAGUUGACACAUUUGUCGAUUGCCAAGUGUAAGGCCCUGUCAUCUGAGGGUAUCGCGAGUUUCAUCGAGCAAUGUCAGUCGCUGGUUAACUUGAACGUGUAUGCGGACAGACCGGUCACCACUGCAUUGACUGAACAAAGCUUAAUUCGUAUUAUGAGGUUACCGAUUAUGAAGAAUAUCGAAACAUUGGAUAUCGGAUCGACUUACAUCAUGCCGAGCGUACUGCGCGCUGUUAAAGAGAAUUGUUCACCAAAAUUGAAAAAACUUGGAAUUGCCAACGCACCAAUCACUUCACUCGCGUGCAUCACAGAUUUUCUUUCUUCGAUGCCUCAACUCGAAUAUGUCGACUUGACAAACAUUCCUUGUCUAAACCUAAUCACAACGAACACGCUAUUGUCCAAUCUGAUCAAAAACGAAUUGCAUCAAAUACACACAAUCGAAUUGUCUCAGGCAUUGUUGGGCAAAUUGGGCACUCUUCCCGGUUGGGAGAUAGUAAAGAAUUAUGGACGAAGAUGGUAUUACGCCAAGAUGGAAAGAAAAGAUGGGGUCAGAGCGGACCGAGUUCAUGGAAGAAAAUUGGAUAUCACCGCGACGGGUCCCGAGAGACUGAGUAAUAUCCAUCAAUACUAUUCAUUCGGAGUGUGA